AAGGAAAACUUUGCUUUCAUAAGGUAUAAGUUAGUAUAGAAGCAGGUAUUUCUAUUUUGUCUUUUAUCUCCCAUACUGCAUAGAUAACAGAGCAAGCUCCAACCAUUUUAUGUAAGACAGAAACAUACAUGUAGUGGAAUGAAAUCCUCAGACUUGGCUUUAUCAAGACUAAUGACUUUUUGCAAUGUGCCAUUUCAGGGUUUGGUAUCAUUUGAGGAUGUGUGUGUGGACUUCAGCUGGGAGGAGUGGAAAGACCUGGAUGAUGCUCAGAGGACCCUGUACAGGGAUGUGAUGCUGGAGACCUACAGCAACGUGGUUUCCUUAGGGUACUGUCUUCCUAAACCUGAAGUGAUUGUUAAGCUGGAGCAAGGGGCAGAGCCAUGGCUGGGAGAAGCCCAAGACAAGAACAUCACAGAUGUCCAGCAAGUAGAUGGCUCGAUUAAAAUAUGCCAGAAGAGUCCAGACGCACAUCUGUUUCAAGUUGUAAUCACCAGCAGCAAUACAGUAGAGAAAAACGUUGGUUUUUCAGGUGUUAGAAAUGGAGCAAAUCUUUUUACUACAAACCAGACCUCACUGUACAGUAAAAAACUCACAGAGGAGAGAUACUCUGUGAAUACAAUGCAUGUCACUACUGGAAGUCAGACCUCAUCAGGCUUCAGAGAACUCACACAGGAGACAAAUCCCAUGAAUGUAACACAUGUGGAAAGUCUUUCGAACAAAACUCAUGACACACAGCAGAAAAAUCUUAGGAAUGUAACACGCAUGAAAAGUCAUUCAAAUGGAAAUCAGAGGUCAGUGUGCAUCAAAGAACAUAUAGGGGACAAACUGUAUGACUGUAACACGUGUGGAAAGUCUUUCAGUCAGAUGACCUAUCUCCGCACACAUCAGAGAAUACACACAAGAAAGAAUUACUGUGAAUGUGACACAUGUGGAAAGUCUUUCAGGUGCAUGUCUUAUCUCCACAUCCAUCAGAGAACACACACGGGGGAGAAGCCAUAUGAAUGUAACACCUGUGGAAAGUCUUUCAGAUGGAUUUCAAACCUCCGCAUGCAUCAGAGCACACACACAGAAGAGAAACCAUAUGAAUGUAACACGUGUGGAAAGUCUUUUUUCCUCAAGUCAAGACUCAGGGAGCAUCAGCAAACACACACUGGAGAGAAACCAUAUGAAUGUAACACAUGUGGAAAGUCUUUUGCCUUUCAGUCAAAACUCAGGCGGCAUCAGACAACACACACGGGUGAGAAACCUCAUCAAUGUAACACAUGUGGAAAGUCUUUCAGUGAGAAGUCAACUCUCCGCAUCCAUCAGACUAUACACACAGGAGAGAAAUCUUAUAAAUGUAACACAUGUGGAAAGUGUUUUGGGCGGAUGUCAGGUCUCAGGAUCCACCAGAAAACACACAUAGCCCAGAAACAAUAUGAAUGUAAUACGUGUGGAACGCCUUUUAUUUGCACACCAAAUCACAGGCAUCAUACGACACUCACAGGAGAGGAGUCUUAUGAAUGUAACAAAUGUGGAAAGUUUUCUGUCAUCAAGUCAGAAGUCAGGCAGCAUCAGACAACCCACUCAGGGGAAAAACUUCAUGAAUGUAACACCUGUGGAAAGUCUUUUAGCAGGAAGUCAACACUGCGCAUCCAUCAGAGAACACACACAGGAGAGAAACCCUAUGAAUGUAACACAUGUGGAAAGGGUUUCAUAUGGAUGUCAAGUCUUCGCAACCACUGCAAAAUACAUGCAGAAGAAAAAUCUUAUGAAUGUGACAUAUGUGGAAAGUCUUUCACAUGGAUGUCGUCUCUCCGCUUUCAUCAGAGAAACCACACAGGAGAGAAACCAUUUGACUGUAACACAUGUGGAAAAUCUUUUGUAAUGAAGUCAGAACUCCGGCGGCAUCAGACAACACACACAGGGGAGAAACCUCAUGAAUGUGACACAUGUGGAAAAUCUUUCAGCAGGAAGUCAGCUCUCCGCAUCCACCAGGCCACACAUACAAGAUGAAAAUCCUAUGAAUGUAACCUAUGUGGAAAGCCUUUCAGAUGGAUAUCCUGCCUCUGCAUCAAUCAAAGAACACACACAGGACAGAAAUCUUAUGAGUGUAACGCAUGUGGAAAGUCAAACAGAUGUCAACACUCUGUAUACAUCAAAGAACACAGAACAGAAAUCUUAUGAAUGUAACACGUGGAAAAGUUUUUUAAGGGAGUCAGAACUCCAGCAGCAUCAUACGUGACACACGGGAGAAACCAGCACGUUUGGAAAGUCUUUGACCCGGAUGUCAACACUCCAUAUACAUCAGAGAACACAAACAGAGGAGAAACCAUAUGAAUGUAACGUGGGGAAAGUCCUGUACCAGUCAAGCCUCAAUGUUCAUCAGAACACACACAGGAGAGAAGCCUUAUGAAUGUGACAAAUGUGGAAAGUUUCAUCUACAAGUCAUAUCUUAGCAGACAUCAGAGUUUUAUACAGAAAAGAAAUCAAGAUCAAACCACACAGGAAUAAAAUUUCUAAGAUCUUUGAAUUUGAUUGUGGGCUACCCUGGACCUGAGCACCCCCCUCAUAGAGCAUGGAAUGUUGAAAAGGUUGAUGUUGAACAGCAUACUUUGAUCAAACACCUGAUGGAAAUAGGUUGGACUAUAAAAUGGUGCUCUCUCCUUCCCAAAUUGCAAAAGGUUCUUUUUGCUGUGCACUGGAAAUUCUUUUUCUUUUCUUUGCUUGUCUUUCCUUUUCUUUCUUUUAAAUCUGUGCUCUGGGCCUGUGAACUGCCUUUGAUCUUGUUUUGCUCAAGGGGACCACUCUUCCAUUUUAGCCACAGCACACUUCUGGCUUUUUUGAGCAGUUUAUUGCAGAUCAGUCUCAUGGAGGGAGUCUG